AUAUUUUAUUUGUAUUAAGAAACACGCAUUUGUUAGUGCGGAAGUAGGUGAACGACAUUAUUUGGCGUGAAUUUGGUUUGCAGAUUGAUUUUGAUUUGUGUGAUGUCUUGAAGAGCCUUAACAACUGUCAUUAUGUCCGACGAAGAAGAUACAACGAUUUUACUAAGUGGAAAAAAAGAGGGUAGGGAAAAGUCUGUGACUGUUACACCUCCGCCGGUAAUAAUAAAAAGCAAUAAUAAUGCAGUCACAGACAAAUCUCAGAGCCAUGCCAUCCUUGCUUCGUCAGUGGCGAUGCUGGGAGGCUUGGCGUUUGGUUAUGACAUAGGAUCAAAUGACAGUAUUCUUCACGAGAUGGAACUUUCGUUUAGACUGACAUGCCUUCAGCAGCAUAUGACAUUCAAUAUGUGGCUUGUAGGAGCCGCAAUGGCAUCUGUUUUCGGCGGUGUACCCGUUGACAGACUUGGUCGGCGUUGGAGCACUGUAUGUGCAAACAUAAUGCUGAGUGUUGGAUCAGCCGUCUCUAUACUCUCAUCUUCUUAUGCAAUGUUGUUAUGUGGGCGCCUGGUUGCAGGUUUUGGUGGAGCACUGUCAGCAGUUGCUCUGCAUGUUUAUUUAGCAGAAUUGGCAACUCCUGUGUCCCGGGGGAAGCUUGUACAGGCCUUCCAUCUGGGGGCAGCAGCCGGCAUAGUCCUGGCUGGCAGUGUCGCAGGUGGUGGUGUGCACUGGCUGGCAGCAGCGAGCUUAGGUAUUCUCCCACCACUCGUUGCUGCGGUGCUGGCCGUUCGUCUGCCUCCGUCUCCUCACUUCACCAUUUUGCGGCAUGUUGCCGGAGACCCCAGCACUAGAGGGUCAAGUAGUUCAGUGGCAGCAGCUGGCAGCCUGCUCGAGACACUAGCUUUGGCAUUGGUUUUGGUGUCUGUGGUGCAGUUUUCCGGACACUCAUCGGUGGCAUUGUACACUCGUCGUCUUUUUGCCCUGCUUGGUGUCUGCAGUGAAAGCGCAGGAGUUGUCACCGAUAUUACCAUAGGCAUCGUGAAGGUAUGCUUCACUGGCAUGUCGGUGUGCUUGGUGGAUAGAAUUGGACGACGUCCUGCUCUGCUAGUGGCUACAACAUGUGCAAUGUUAUCAGUUGCUCUGCUUGGUGCUUUCUCAGCAUAUGGUGGCUCAUCAACAAGCUGGACAAAUCCAUGCAAUGCAGUCCCUUCCAUUUCCUCUCAGCCUCAACUCAUUCAGUACAGUGUUGGUGAAGUUGUGGCUCCAGACUUACCGACAGGUUCACCACCACCCUUCCCCAUGCUCCCGACACCAGUGCCUCUCAUUGCAGAACCAGCACCACGCUGCAUGCAACAUGAAGCCCAGCCACCUGCAGCUGCUCAUGUGCUGGCAAUCUUAUCAGCACUAUGCUACCAGGCAGCAUAUGCUUUUGGACUGGGACCUGUGACAUGGCUGUUACUGGCAGAACUCUUUCCGGCCACCACCAAGGGCCGCGCUUUAGCACUCACAGCUGGAGUUUACUGGUUGGAUGACUUCAUUGUUCGCUCAACAUUUUCCAGUAUGGUUGAGUCCCUUUCAGUGGCUGGAACAUUCCUACUCAAUAGUGUUGUGUGCAUGAUGGGAGUUUUACUGAUAUUUUUGUUUGUACCAGAAACUAAAGGCAAAUCUUUGCAUCAGAUUGCACAAGAACUGAAGAAUGUGUCCCCCAAAACACGAAUGUACCAAAAUCUCCAUGGUCUGCCAUGCUUAAGUAAUAAUGAGUGGCUUCUGCACAAAUCAAGACAGUAUCGUCAAGUUUCUCAUUCUGGAAUGGAGAGCACAGUAAUUUGAAGAUAUAUAUUGUAAUUUAUUUUAUUACCACUUGCAGCUUUGAACACAAUGACAGCAUAUGACUUUAUAUGGCUUCAUAAUGUUUGGCAGCUUAUUUGACUUUUGUAACUUCUGUCGAAGUGUAGAGAUCCUCAGGACAGUGAGAUGCAAAAAUACAUGCUAGGAAACCCCCCAGCAAAGCUGUCACAUUAGGCCUUGUAUUGCUGAGAUUUGAAAAAGCUGCAUCCCAAAGGUCAUAACACCUGAAGGCUAGCUGAAGCUGUUGGUCACAAUUACUUAAGAACCACAGAAUAACAAAAACGUAAUGACAGUUGUAUCACACAAUGUGGUAGUGACAUAAUGGUAAAUCCAAGUUCAGAAUGCACAAAUAAGGGCUUUCUCUUUGGGGGUUACACUGUGUUCCUAAAGUAGACUUGAAAAUAGAUUUGGAAAUGAAUCAUGUUCUUUCAUGAUUAAUACAGUAAGUUUCCCAUUAAUACAACUAUUCAUCGAAUUUUGCGAUGGAACUCUACUACUAAGGCCGAAUCUUUUACUGAAGUAGUAGUGCAUUGUAUUCAAAAUUCUCUCUUGGCUCUCGAAUAAUAUCAACAUUAUUCCUGAUGCUACACAUUAUUAAUAUCCUGUCAUUAUGUUACAUGCUGGUAAUUCAUAGACAGUUUGAACAUACUGAUCUGCUCCUAUUCCUGGGCUUAUGUAACAUGAAUUGUAACUUGAAUUGAACCAGUUGACAUUCUCUCUAAUCAUAUUUAAAACAAUUGCACCAAUUUUGUAUGUAAAUGAUGUACACGUUCCUGCGUAUUAUACUGAGGUAACUGUUUCUUCCCCUUAUAAACUAGUUUUGUAAAAUGUUUGUCUUGCUGUACAUUUCAACCUUUAUGUAUUAGGCAUAUCCUGAACUUUGUGCUUCCUGUCAGAAGGGCAAGUAACUUUUAUGUAAUGUAAAUAUUUUUCUCAUACUCACUGUAAACAAGUUUAUACUAUGACACAUUUUGACUUGGUCAUUCAUCAAGUAACUUUAUUCACUAUUGCACACUGCCUCAUCAAUACUGCUUUAAGAA